CUUUUCCGAGCCUGUCCCUUUAUGCAGCGCCGUGGCCGUAUAAGGACCGUGCUGCUCUGCGGGGUCGGGGGAUGGCGGCUCGGCGCUCCCGCAGCCCCGGUACAGCUCGCGAAAUGUUUUUUUUUGAUUGUAAUGAGGUUAUGAAACGAGCCUGUGUCACAGCUAAGUCCCACCCAUUGCUGUGCUGCUCAGAUAGGCCGCCCGUGCUGGGGGCGACUGAUCCCACAUCCAGCUGCUCCACAGACACUCCCAGCAUCAGCUUUAGCUGCCAGCUCUGAUAACCUCCAAGUUUUCCAAGCUUCUGACCGCUAGAAAAAGAAGAAAGGCUUCUUUUUUCCUUCUUCUCCUCCUUCUGUAUCCCAAGAAGCUCUGCCAAAGGGAUAUGUGUGUCUCUGGUAACUUCCUUUGAAUUCUGGCGUUUUCAGCCCUACCCAGAGGAGAUGGUGUGAGGUAACGUACUGGGGACCAAGAUAUGGAAAACUGGGAUGUGGUGAAUCCUGUACAGGAAAUCCCCUCAUCUUCUGCAGACUCUGAUGUCAGGAACACCCCCAGCUCUGUCUGUAACUCGAACUGUAACAGAAGUCCUUCCUCCAAUCCCAAUGGAGUUUCUGGUUACUCAGGGAAUUCCAGGCCCUCAUUAAAGCCUGGCUCUGUUGGGCUCUUUGCCUCCUUUAUGCAAGACAUCCAGGACAUUGGAAAUGCUGACACGGAAAUUGUGAAGACCUGUGAGACAAGGUGGCUGCAGCUGCUGAGACUGGUGGAAAAACAAUGUCAGCAACAAAUAGUUGCCCAGCAGGAGCAGUUUCACCAUCAGAUCCAGCUGAUUCAGGCUGAGAUCCGGCAGCUGGUGAAGUUUGGGAGCGUCGCUUGGGGAGCCGGGAAGAGCCGGGCUGUGCCCGCCGCGCUCCCAGCCCCUUUCCCACCGGCGGCGGUUCCGAUGGGGAUGCGCUCCGAGCUGUGCGAGGAACACGAGAGCAUCGCCCAUCACCUGCGAUCCAGCGACGCCGAGAGCCGGCCCGGCACGACCCACCUGCAGCAGGAAUGUGGAGCCAGCGACGCCUCCGCCAACAGCGGCUACGGAACCCUCUCCACAUCCGAGCCCAACCCCGGCACGGCCACGGAUUCCAUGGAGGAGCCUUCCCAAGGACACGGGCACGGGGUGGGGUCGCAGAGUGACGCGGUCGUAGCCAGAGUUCAAAAUAAAGCUGAACUUUCACCAAAAAGAACAGAGGGAAAUUGUUCGCCAGGAAGGAGCAAUAUUUUGGUUUUUCCUGACGAAUUUGAGCAUAAAGUUGAUGAAGCUCCAUGUGGGAAGAAAGCCAGUAAAUCUUUAACGUCGUGGGCACAGAAGCUGAAACAAAACCAACCCAAAAGGAUAACUGCAGAUGAAGGGUGUGUGAACUCUAUGCAAGAAAAUGAGAAAGUGAAGAAGCCACCACUCGAGAAUACAAACCUUACUGAUGCUGCUUUGCCACCUUACACUUUUUACCUCAACCAACCGAAGGAAAGUCCCAAUUCCUUGGUGUCUGAAGCUUCAGGACUUUCAUACUGGAAGUCAGAUGAAAAGGAGCUGUAUCACACUCUACCAGAGAAUUUCAGAAGUGAGUUUGCUGAUGUUUUCUCCACGAAAGUAACAGCAGAUCAGUUGCCUCCUGCUGAGGAAAGGAAGUUGUCAUCCCUGAAGGACAUUUAUCAUAAAAGACAAAGAGAAAACAAGCAGAUGCCAGACCAGAAUGUUUUGCCUUCUUCCCAGUCGAGUCACCCACCAGAGAUCCUGACGUUGGACCCGACCCUGCACAUGAAGCCAGCUCAGCAGAGCCGAGGGCGCUGUUUCUCCCAUAUUCCUGAGGAGAUCACUCCCUUUUCUCCAGACUCCAUGGCAGAGCCAGGAUUUUCCAGCCAUUGUGACACAGACUCUUUCUCACAGACCAGUCGUUCUUCUCAGUUGGCCGAUUGUCCCACCCACCCUGGCAGCAGCAGAGCUGUGUCCCUGCACCUCUGGAGAAAUCCCCCUUUCCAAGGGGAAAGCAGGAGCAGCUCCCCCUUCCCAAAGGCUGAUCCUGACGGCUCAGUCAGCACCGAGGAGGAACAAACAUUGACUUUAACUCCAUCCCCUGGGGCUCAGGGUGCUGACAGCGCUUGGCCAGAUUACAGCCUUGCAGUAGCACCUGUUGAAGACCCCGUGCUAAUGUCACAGAUGAGGCAGAACCUGAGGGAGAAGCACGCUCGCCACGUCGCUGACCUGCGAGCUUACUACGACUCCGAGAUCCAGAGCCUGAAGCAGCAGCUGGAGGCAAAGCAGAGAAUUCCAUCUGCUCAGGACCUGAGGAAAAUCAACCAAAGCCUUGCUGACAGGUGUGAGCAGCUGGAUGCAGCUCUGAAUGAAGCCAGUGCUCGCAUAAAAGCCCUGGAAAAUAAGAAUAAUCUGCUGGAAAAGCAAGUGGCAGAGUGGAGGGAGCGUUUCCAGGCCCUCAGUAGCACUUCCAAGGCUCUGCAGGAGCGGCUGGAGGAGAUGAGGACGAGCCACAAGGAGAAGGACAACACCAUCAGCCGCCUGCAGUCCAGGCUCAGGGAGCUGGAGGAAGCUUUUGAGAAGGCCUACAAGUUAUCUGACAACAACAACACCAGGCUGAGGGAAGAAAACAAAAUGUUUCAGAAUCUUUUAGGAGAAUACGAGUCCCUUGGAAAAGAACAUGAAAGAGUCAAGGAUACAUUAAACACAACUGAAAACAGAUUGCUCGAUGCAAACGUGCAGAUUGCUGAUUUAAAAAGGACAAUUGGAAAACUCGAGGCUCAGCUCAAGCAGGUGGAACAUGAAAACACCUUGAAGCUUCGCCACAUCACCGAGAACCGGGUGAGAACCUCCUGUGCCAGCAAGUUGGGAACUCCUGAUGUCAGCAGGAGGAAGUGGCUGAUACCAGGAGCAGAAUAUUCCAUCUUCACUGGGCAGCCUUUGGAAGGCCAGGAAAGCCCCAAAGAUAACAGAUUAGAGGAUACCUAUAUUCCUGCCAGGUAUCACUCUCCUCCUGAAAAAGAUUCUUCCCAAGAAGACUCUUCCACAAACACAACAGAGAAGAAAGAACAUGAGAUGUCAGAAGCACCAAUUAUAAAAGCCUUUAAAGAACUUGAAGAAGGAAAAGUAUUUAAAGACUGGGGGACACAGACAGAGAAAGAAGAUCCACCAGCCAAAACAUCAAACCGCCGUCAAACCGUUGGGUUUGUUGAAGCUUCUUUAGCUGCCACCCCAGAGAAAGGGAAGGAGCAGCACAGACCCAAAAGGUUCAGCUCCCCUUCGGGCCAGAGAUCAUCGUCCCUUCCUCCUCCCACCAGGAAAUCCAACACUCCAACAAGAAGAGAGAUCAUGUUGGCACCAGUGGCUGUGACGUACAGCCCAAAACGAUCUCCCAAAGAAAACCUCUCCCCUGGAUUCAGCCACUUGCUCGGCAGGAACGAAAACACAGUGACAAGGUUUGAUAUACUCCUCGAUGACCUGGAAACUGCUGCUACAUCUACUUUACAGCACAAUAAUCCAAGGAAGAGGCUCCAGUUUCUCUCACUGGACGAUGCAGAAGGAAGGCAGCACUCAGGUGGCAGGCACAGCUCCUGUGCUGAUCCCAUCAGCAGCGGGGCGAGGAAGGCGGCGCUUCGGGACGAGGGGAGCUCAGCUCCGAUCCACGAGCGGGCGGCGUCGCCCGGCGAGGAGGAUUUCAAAUACACGGCGAGGAUCACGACUCUGGCCGAAACUGAGAGGCUUUUUGAUGAGCUGACUCAAGAAAAGCAACAGAUUGAGGCUGCACUGAGUCGAAUUCCUUGUUCUGGGGGAAGAAUGACCUUACAAGCAAGACUGAAUCAGGAAGCCUUGGAAGAUCGCUUGGAAAGAAUUAACAGGGAUUUGGGCUUGAUAAGAAUGACUCUGAAAAGAUUCCAUGUUUUACGGACCUCUGCCAAUCUCUGACAAUUUCUCUCCUGACUGCAAAUAUGCUCUUUUCUUUUUUUGGCUGUUUUUUUUUCUUUUUUUUUUUUUUUUUUGCACUAAUAUAUAAUUAUGCACUCGGUAAAUGCAAAUUGUUUUGUAUUUUUAUAAGCCCUCCAAAGUAGUUUUACAACCAUGUUACCCUUUACAAACAGCAAUAUUUUGUACUUGGGAACAGCCACCUCUAUUUUAAACAUAUUUUUCUUACACCUGAGAAAUCAACGUUUAUCCUGUAUUGUAAUAUUUUUAGAAAUAUUAAUUAUUUUUAAAUAGUGAUAUUGAAUUUAUAAUAAGAAUAAGGAACUAAAAGGCAGCUUGUUUUCAGAAAACGAUAGUGUUGCCCUUUUGCACUUGGUUUUCCUCCACCAUUUUAUAAAUAUCGAAGGCUGUGAUGUAAAUAUUAGCCAAGAGGAGAUUUUGAACUUGAAUACAGCAAAAAGCAACGUGAGUUACCCGUGCUCAAGAGAACUGCUGUUCUAGGGUGAAUCCUCCCAGCUGA